UGGCGGCAUAUAAAUAUGAAGCAAGAGUCAUCCAGAUGUCCCCCGAUCAUUCACCUGUCACCAGACAUCAUGAGACUCCUGGCUCUGCUGCUGAUUGCCGGAGCUGCUGUGGCAGUUCCUCGUGAAGAUGGAAGGAUCAUUGGUGGGGAGGAGUGUGUGCCCCACUCUCGCCCUUACAUGGCCUCACUCAAUUAUGGUUACCACUUCUGUGGUGGGGUGCUCAUCAACAACCAGUGGGUACUCUCUGUCGCCCACUGUUGGUACAACCCCAGUGCCAUGCAGAUUAUGCUGGGAGAACAUGAUACCCGAGUCUUUGAGGGUACUGAGAUGCUCAUGCGUACUGACACCAUCAUCUGGCACCCAAGUUAUGACUACCAGACUCUAGAUUAUGACAUCAUGCUGAUCAAGCUCUUCCACCCAAUUGAGGCGACAGAAGCAGUUGCUCCCAUCCCCUUGCCCACAGGAUGCCCGUACCCUGGACUCGUCUGCUCCGUGUCUGGUUGGGGUAAAAUAGCUGUGGACAAUGAGGUGCCCAUGCCCACCCGCCUGCAGUGUUUGGAUAUGCCCAUACUGGAUGAAACUGAAUGCGAGAAAUCCUAUCCUGGCAUGAUCACACGCAGAAUGAUGUGUGCAGGAUACCUGGAAGGAGGCAAAGAUUCAUGCAAUGGUGACUCUGGAAGCCCUCUGGUGUGUUUGAAUGAGGUCCACGGGUUAGUGUCUUGGGGUUAUGGUUGUGCUGAGCCCAAUCACCCUGGCGUCUACGUCAAACUGUGCGAGUUCCUGCCCUGGAUCGAUGAAACCAUGGCUGCAUAUUCAUAAAGGAAACACCCUUUCUUUCCUCCGUGCUUCAUUCAUUUAUGUCUCUGCUCGUCAUUACUGCCUGUUCCGACUUUCCUCAAAUCUAACAACGCUCCAUCCUUUAACAUCUCUAAUCCUUCUUUUAUUUCUGUCGUCUUCUUGGAUCUUCUGUCCGAGGCAUUUUCAAACUCUCACAGACGGACUUUUCUCUUACACACCUGAACUCAGCACAUCACAAAAAUUACAAAAUAAAAGCAGGUACAUAUAUUUAAA